AUGAAGUCUUUAUUGUCUCACUGCAGUUCCACAAGGCUCUCCACUGCAGUCUUCCCUCAGUUUGGUCAGCCUUGCACUGGGAGCAGAACCCGCACAUCAUGUACACCGGCUCAGGUCUGUCCUCUAGAGGAGGGUUGUGGAGAACGUUUUCACUGCCAGUCAGGUAAAUGUAUCAGUCAGUCACAGGUAUGCAAUGGAGAUCAUGACUGUGAAGAUGGCUCAGAUGAGUGGAGAUGUGACAAUAAAGAGAUUUGUGACCUGCAAAAACCUCCACCGAAUGUAGAGCUCAUUGGUCAAGAGCAAUUUAAUGAUAUUAUGAGCUAUAAUAAAAAGAAGAACAUGUUACCAAUGCAAGUCCAGAACCUGGGGACUUUCUUUCAAGUCACAGCAAACAAUUAUUUUACAGAUGAAUCACAAUAUGACAGCACUUGGCACUACCUUAAUCACAUUGAGCAUCAUUCAAGAACAAUAGGCACGACCGGGCAUGAUAAUUAUAUCUUCCAUGAUGAGCUGUUACAGUCAGAGGUACUGAGUGAUCCAUGGAGACAGGGCCGGUUGGUCUUUAUGGAGCUCCUGCAAGGACGUACGGUUGAGCCUCACUGCUUUGAAAGUUCAUUCACACACCCUUCCUUCCUCGCUAAUGGGUUUCUUUUGGGAUAUCUCAAAGAUGCAUAUCCAGCAGGCAGUAAGACUGAUGAUCUGAACUGGUUGAGAAAUCAAACAGAGUGCAGGAAAACAUUAUGUGAUCUACCUCAGCUUCCUCCAGAUGUCACUGGAAGCCUGAGGAAGCUUACGUAUAACAUCGGUGAAGCUGUCUCACUCUCCUGCCCUGAAGGGAAAGUCAGAGAAGGUCCGGCUGAGAUUCAGUGCAGUGCUGGCCUUUCCUGGUCACCGCAACCAAAAGAAACCAGGUGUCUCACAGUUUUUAAGUCAGCCACUGUGCCAGUGCAAUGCCAGCCAUGGGAGAACCUGGCAAAGGACAAAGGCAACUGUAAAGUACCCCAUGAGUUCAAGUCUUCCUUGGAGAUAUGUGGUACUGAUGAGAAGGGCGGUUGGACACGGACACUGAGUCUGUGUAAAGUACCGGAUAUGUUCUGUCUGGGACAUCAGUACAUGCUUACUGGACAUCGCUCAUCCACUGCUCGCCCACACUGCAUGCUCUGGGAGAUGUGUGAUGAGCAAACAAACAGCUGCUGUUGCAAGACAAGUGAGGAAUGCUCAUCCCCGGACGCUUGGAUCCAUGUGUGCGUGCAGCAGGAAGGAGCGAGCGUCUGCAGCAGUGACAGAAUGUGUCCGCAUUGUCAGCAUUCAGCCCUGUCAGUCAUCAUAUCAGAGCCUCACUUAUCAAUUAAAUAGUGUAAAUGAAUUUUGUACCCUAAAUAUACAAUCAAACACUACACCAGAGUC